AGACUUAGGAGUUUGGGGUGGCCCCUUCCCUCUAUGGACUAGGUGGCUCGUCCUUGUGGGGUUCUGCCCUAGGGCAGAUACAGGGGCUCUUUCUAGAAGGAUCCUCAACUGCUUCCCACCCCCCACCCCCCAUCAGAGUCAUCUCUGAGAUGAUGAUCCAGCUAGACAACAUCUCCAACCUGGUGUCCAAUAUCAAUCAGUCCUUUGAAGACCAUUACAAACAGGUGGAAGACUUCUUCAAGCUGAUGGAGAUUUUCAGCAGUUCCCCGCACAUCCUGGAUGUGGUCAAGGCCAAGCAGGACUGGGCUAAGAAAGAAGCCAAGCAGAGCCCAGAGGUCGCAGCCCCCGAGGAGCCCAAACCCAAAGCCACCCCGGGGCCUCAGCCGUCCACCAGACGCCGGCAGUGCCUCUCAGAGGCUGAGGAGCAGCAGGACCCACAGCCCGUGUGGGACAAGGAGCCCCAGUUCUGGAGAGACACCCUGACCUGGGAGCUCUGGAAACUUUUCACGGAUGGCCAGGACAACGAGCAGGCACAGAGGGAGAAGCCGCUGAGAUUGGAAAGGAAGAGCUCGUGCCUGAGCGACUCGGAACUGGAACUGGAGCCUGAACCCAAGCGCAGCAGCAGCCUGAGUUCCUUAUCCCCUGUCCUGACUCCCUUGGAUCUGCUUGGUGACUCCCAAAAGGACAUCAGCCAGCCCCAACAGGAGACCCAGGUGAGCAGGUACCCGGAUGCAGACUUGGCGAGGGGGAGGUCACAAGCAGCAGGAUCAGCUUCUUUCUUCGCACCACAGGAAUCUUCUAAAAGUGCUGGUCCAUUUCUGAAGCCCCUGUGCUGGGACUCCGAGGACUUGGAAUACAGUUGGAAGAGGCCUGAUGCAUCGCUCUCACAAGUGGAGAUGGUCGCUCUCCCCCAAGCCCUGCAGAAGGUACGCGUGCUGAAACACCAGGAGCUCCUGUUGGCGCUGGCCGUGAGCUGCUUCACAAGGCACGUCUUCACCUGUAGCCGCAGUGGCGUCAAGGUGUGGUGCCUAACAAAGCAGGUGGCGGAGGACGGAUUCCCUGAAAGCAACCUGCAAUGCGGCAACCAGGCCAGCGGGGCGUACCUGCGCACCUGUCAGCUGUCCUCCAACAGCAGGACCCUGUUCGCGGGUGGACACAACCUGCCUGGCGUGAGCGUGUGGGACCUGGCAGCCCCGUCCCUGUAUGAGAAGUGCCAGCUGCCCUGUGAGGGCCUGUCCUGCCAGGCCCUGGCCAGCUCGGAGGAGAACAUGGCCUUCGCUGGCUUCACGGACGGCGUGGUCAGGAUAUGGGACCUACGGAGUCAGGGAGUGGUCAGGGACCUCGAAGGCCCUGUCAGUGCAGCCAAGAGCCUUGUGGUCAAAGGUGACAAUGUCUGGACGGGAGGUCUGGACGCCUGUCUGCGAUGCUGGGACCUGCGGACGGCCAAGGUGUUGCAGGAACACACAUUUCAGUCCCAGAUCAUGAGCCUGUCUCGCAAUCCCCUGGAAGACUGGCUGCUGCUGGGCCUGGCCAACGGCCAGCAGUGUCUGUACAACAGCAAAAAGAGUGAGGCGCUCACUGUGGGCACCAAGGACAAGACCAUCCUAGACCUCAAGUUCUCCCCAAACGGCCAAUGGUGGGUGAGCGUGGGGAUGGACGACCUUGUCACCAUCCACAGCAUGCCCAUGGGAGCAAAAAUAUUCCAGGUCCCUGAGUCUGCUACUGUCACUUGCUGUGACGUGACAGCCAAUGGCAGGCUGAUCGUCACGGGAUCCGGGGACUGUGCCUCAGUGUACCAGAUCAAGUACUGACAGCGUCAACUUCCAUCUUCUCUUUCUCCCAGCUGCACAGUGGUGGGUGGUGGUGGGUGUGAGGGUCCCAUGGGUGUGCCGACCCCUCAUCACAUGUAAUAAAGCAAUU